AUGUUCCUCCUUCUUUUGCUGGUUAUGCAUCUUAAUGGGCUGCAGGCAGGCCAGAAUCCUCACAAAACCACCCUCCAGACAACUGUUCCUGAAAAGAUCUCAUCACCAGAUGUGGAAAAAGAUCCAGAAAACCAUAUGGCUUAUCUUAUUAUAAUAAAUGAAGAACCCCAUUUCAUCCAUCUUAAAAAACAAUCAUUUAUAAUUUCAACUACAAUGGUUUAUACUUAUGACAAACAUGAUGUUCGACAUUCUCAACCCUUGUCAGCUCUGAAAGAUUGCUUUUACAAUGGAUAUGUUGCAGGUUAUCCAAAUUCUAUUGUGACAUUCAGCGUUUGCUCAGGACUCAGGGGAACAAUACAACUUGAAGAUGUCUCCUAUGGAAUUGAACCGGUGGAAACCCUGUCAGGAUUUGUGCACGUGAUCUAUGAGAACACAAACGAGCAGGUUGAGAUUCCUGACUUAGGAGAGAAUCAGACGUACCGUUGGUCGGAUGAUCUAGACCGUCAGAUCCGGAGCAACAUGAAAAAAGCUGGAUUUACCGUGUUACGCCCACGAUUCAUUAAGAUGGAUAUAGUCGUGGAUAAAAAGCUGUUUGAUUACAUGGGCUCUGACAAUGAAGCUGUACUACAGAAAGUCAAUCAGAUCAUCGGUUUUGUUAACACUAUGCUCUCCAAGUUAAAACUGACUGUUGUAAUAAAUUCCAUUGAAAUCUGGUCGAAGGAAAACAGAAUUCAUUUCUCAGAAGCACCUAAUGAAUUAUUGGUUAAGUUCUUACAUUGGAAACGUAAGAAUAGACCAGAAGACAUUGCAUACUUGCUGGCAUUUGAAGAGCAUCCUGCUUCCACAGGAGCCCUAUAUCCAGGGGAUCUGUGCAAAUUUGAGUUCAAUGCUGCUGUUGCCCUGUACCCGAAAGGUUUAUCAUUGGAAUCGUAUAGUGUCAUUGUCCUGCAGCUGCUAAGUAUCAGUAUGGGCUUGACUUACGACACGGACAACUGCCACUGUACAGGAGACGUUUGCCUAAUGACACCCAAAGCAAUAUAUUCUGGGGGUAUGAAGGAUUUCAGUACUUGUAGCUUGGAUGACUUUAAAUACCUGUCAACAAGACAAGACCUUGGAUGUCUCCGGGACAUGCCUUUGGAAAGACAAUCAUCCCCACCAAAAAGACCAAGAAGAAUCUGUGGCAAUGGGGUGCUGGAGAUGAAAGAACAGUGUGACUGUGGCACUUUGAAGAACUGUACACACAGAAAAUGCUGUGACCCCAUGUCAUGCCGACUGAAGCCCAAUGCCACAUGUGGCUCUGGGGAGUGCUGUACUCAAAACUGCAAGAUAAAACCGGUUGAUACAGUAUGUAGAAGGUCCAAAGAUGAGUGUGACUUUGUGGAGUUCUGUAAUGGGGAAGAUGCCUAUUGUGUCGCUGACACGUAUGCACGCAAUGGGCAAUAUUGCAACUCAGGUGAAGCCUUCUGUUAUGGAGGAGUUUGUCAGACUGCCGACAAGCAGUGUAUGGGCUUGCUUGGGAAAUAUGUGAGAGCGGGUUCCUUCCAAUGCUUUGAAGAAUUUAAUUCCAGAGGUGACAGAUUUGGCAACUGUAUUAGAGGCUAUUGUGCUUUCCAAAAUGCUCUCUGUGGGAAAUUGAUCUGUACAUGGCCAUUCAAGAGGCUAUUUCUGAAAGCCAAUAUGUCUGCGGCUUACGGACAAAUCCGAGAUGACUUAUGCAUCUCUCUGCAUAAAUCCUGGCAGAUACUUAAGCCGACAAUGACAACAUAUGCCGAUAUGUCGGACAGAGAUGAAACAUUUGUAGCAGAUGGCACAAUCUGUGGCCCUGAUAUGUUUUGUAUGCGUACAGAAUGCAAAGAAAUUAGAUUUUUCAUGGAUACGCAAAAGUGCAGUUCUGAAAGUUGCAACGAACAUGGAGUUUGCAACAAUCUUGACCAUUGUCAUUGUGAUACGGGAUAUUACCCUCCUUAUUGUGAGGGUCGGACAGGAGAGUUUGGAAGCAUUGAUGAUGGACACAAAUAUUAUGUUAAAGAUGGAGUAAGCAAUAAGCAGCAAAGUCGUGGUAUUCUUCCCAGGCAGCGGCUUCAAGUCAUCCUCUACGUAUCUAUACCCUUAGUCAUGAUUAUUUCAGCUGUGUUCAUAAGGCAAAGUAAACUGAGUCGUCUGUGUGGCAGAGAAAGAAGUGAAAGCAACAGCUCUAUAACAGAAGACAGUGUGAGUAACCCCAAGGUGACCACCAGUGGAGUAAGGUCACUUUCAGAUCCACCAAUCACACCAAAUCCAGAAAGGAUUCUGAACGUCUUUGCUGUGAAGAAACACUAA